CUAAACUGAUCUUCGUAACUGUACGACUCUAUUCAUCCAUCCUAAUGCUUCUCGGCCAAACGAAAUAUCCGGCUCCAUGGCAAGCCAGUCGUUCUGGACCGGCUUGGAAACUGCUGGCAAAAUCAUCGAUGUCGAUGCAACCAAUUUCUGGAGACUGCUACCACAAGUCCUCGAAGUGAUUGCCAAUGCCGAGUACAUUUCUUUUGACCUGGAAAUGACCGGAAUUCGUGUCAAGAACGGUCUUUCAGACAGGCAAGACAAGUUCUCGGUCGAGGAAUAUUAUGCUGCUGCUUGUGAAGUUGCCAACACUUUUCAGAUCAUCGAGUUUGGUAUUACUUGCUCCAAGUAUGACACAGAGAACAGAUCAUACGGAUGGACUGCCUACAACUUCCGACUGGCACCUUGGUACCUAGGGGACAAUCGAACUCAUCUGGCAUUGGCCAAAAUUUUUGACCGUCAAUACACUCUGUCCAGCAACAGCUUUAGAUUUCUCAGAGGCAAUAGAAGGGAUAACAUCACGUCACUGGCCUUGGAAAGUGGUAUCAUGUACCUAAGCAGACAAGAAGCUGACGAGGCGUACAAAUACUUCAUCGAUCCGGACAAGAAAGUGCGGAAUCUGAUCGAUCUCAACAAAGAACCCUUGGAAGCCAAUUUGUUUUACGACUGGGUACGGAGUUCCAUUACCUUGUGGCUCCGGGAUCCUCACAAACUUGAGUGGCUCAAUAUUGAAAACCCUGGUGGCGAGAACCUCAGUAACUUGCAACGCCGCCUGGUGUACCAAAUCCUGGAAUCCGAGUUCAGUCACAACUGUCUACGUGCAGUGCCAAAGUGUAACAAUGGUUUCAUGCAAAUCACUCAGAAAGGCAUUGAUGCUGCAGAGGAGACGGCAAUACUUCAGCGCAUGAGUGAGCGCAAGGCAGCAAUUAGAGAACAGACAGGAUUCCGAUUUGUGUUUGAAGCCCUCAUUGGUGGCGACUUCGCAGAUGAAAUUAAUCUCGGACUCAUUCUCACUCCCGAAGAAUACCAGACUAAAGGGGCUGCAACAGAUACUAGAGCCAAGCUGCGGGCAAUCGAGGCCAAAGCCAAAGAGAGGACAAGGGUUAUUGUUGGCCACAACUCCCUCUUUGAUCUCUGCUUCAUGUACCGUUCCUUUAUCGGAACACUACCAACUAGCCUUCAACAGUUCAAGAUCGAUAUACAGGCUAUGUUUCCUCGAUAUGUUGACACCAAAUACAUGGCAACACAGAAUGCGCGAAACCUCGAAGCUGGCCAUACUCUUGAAGAGCUCUAUGGCACAGUACAAUCACAAAAGCUACCGUUGUUUCACCCAGAUGCGCCACUGUAUCGUAGCAGCCAUCAAGCGGGAUAUGAUAGCUGGUUGACUUCCGUCACAUUUCUCAAGCUGUCCUGGAAGCUGGCCAGGGAUUCGCAAUUUCUAAGGAGCUAGGAGCAACUUGAACCUGCGAGUUCUGGGGGCUAUAACAAGGAGACCAUCAAUCCGGCAUCUGUGUCCCCAGCCCAGGUUUCUUUGAUUGCUCUACAAAGCGAUGUCGUGCUGUCAACACCGCGCUGCCCUCCCGAUCCUCCAAGACGACCACCUUUGCUGUUAAAACAUCUAUCGUCCGCACCCGGAUUUCUUACAGCAGUCAAUAGUACCGCUUUUACUAUGCCUGCCCGCCAACUGGAAUUGCUGGAUUUAACCACAGUUCGCGAUGGUCUCUGCAGCGUCACUGGACCCUUUUCCCUGUUGGAUCAUCAGGAUGGUGCGAAAUCGCUGCGUCCUCGCGAGGGCAGCCUAAUUGAUACCGAUGCUCUGGAAAUCGUCGAUACUGUUUCUUUAAUACCAACUCGCGGGUCUAUAUCGACAAACUGCUCUACUGAUAAAAAAGUCGUGACAAGCGAAGAAGUUUCGACGGACGGUCACCGGAUUGAUGGAUGGAACUCGCCCAUCUUUCGGCUUGUUGGGGGAAGACUACGCGCAGCUCAGGGUGUCAUCGAUCCUGCUUCCUGAAUGGCCUUUUGUUUUCCUGCUGUAGGCGAAGCUCUGGCUCUUUGCCGCCGAU